AUGCGAUACACAGUGUUCAUAGCAGAUCUUCUUAUCUACAUACCUGCCCUAUGUCUAUAUAUUUACAUCAGUAAUAAGUGUGAAAAUAGCAAAAUUCUGCUGACAUCUCUGAGCAUUUUGUUAUAUCCAGGACUCAUGCUUAUUGACCAUGGACAUUUCCACCUUGGCCUGGCACUUUGGGGUAUACUGGCUCUGUUCUCUGAUCAUGAUAUUUUGGGAUCUGUAGCUUUUACCCUAUCUUUAUGUUACAAGCAGAUGGAACUCUACCAUGCCUGGCCUUUCUUUUGUUAUCUCCUUGGUAAAUGUUACCACAACAAGAAAAAUAGGUUAUUGAAAUUGAUCAACAUUGCUCUCAGUGUCAUUGCCACAUUUGCUGUUUGCUUCUCCCCAUUUUUGCAAAGGAAAGAGGACAUUUUACAAGUAUUUCAUCGGUUAUUCCCUUUUGCCAGAGGAUUGUAUGAGGACAAAGUGGCUAAUAUUUGGUGUUCCCUGAGUGUGCUAAUAAAGUUAAAAGAAAUUUUCUCUUUACAGUCAUUACUUCUUUUAUGUCUUGUGUGCACAGUCUUUAGUCUUCUUCCAAGUGGCCUUAACCUCAUACGAAACCCAACAUUUUUAAAGUUUAAGCUUGCUCUGGCAAAUUCUUCUCUUGUGUUCUUCCUGCUGUCAUUUCAAGUUCAUGAAAAAUCAAUUCUCCUUGCAGCUCUCCCUGUCUGUUUACUUUUGCCUGAUUAUCCUUUUGUUUCUUUCUGGUUUCUUAUGAUUUCUACAUUCAGCAUGUUCCCAUUAUUUGUGAAGGAUGACUUGGUAUUACAUUAUUUUAGCACAUUGCUAUUGUUUUAUGUUGUGGUGGGCAUUACUUUUAAUUUAACUCCCAACCAACCAUCCAAAAAUCAAUUUUUGCCCUGGAUUUAUCCUCUGUUACCCUAUAUGCUUGUCCUGUCAUUGGCUGGUUGCUUGCUUCUUAAUGUGGCUAGCUUAGUGGUCAUUCCCCCUCCAGACAAACCUGACCUCUUCUCUGUACUGAUUGCUAUCUAUUCCUGCAUUCAUUUUGUGUUAUUCCUAACCUACUUUAAUUAUGUCCAAUUUACAGUCAAUUCACACACUGGUAAGUCCAGCAGUGAAAAGUCUUCACAGCAAACAAGUCCAAAAAAGUCAAUUCAAAUACCUGCUAACAAUAACAGAAAAAUCAAAAAACAAUGA